AUGUAAACUACUUGGAGAAACUAGAAAGAUAAUGAAUGCAAAAUAGUGACACCAUUUUCAUUAUGCUUUUGCGGGCAUAAAUAUAAGGAUCAUGCUCUUGAAAAUACAAUUUAAAAAAAUUAUCACUGUAAGGAGCGCAGCUGUCUGUGCCCUUAAUACUCCUACAUUCCUGUUUAGCAUGAUCCUGUAACAAGAAAAUGCUUGAUCGCUAAGUGUACUUGUAAAAAUAAGUUUACUAGUAGAUUCAACUGUAAAGCCUGUGGUGAGGAAUACGGCAAUCACAGGACUUUCUUUCUAAAAACGGAGAGGGCUGAGGACAAUUAGAUUUCAACUCCUAUUAAUAGGAGAUCUUCAAAUAAUAUUUUGAAUCCACAGGAUACUUAAAGAAGAGGGAGUUUUGAUGCCACGAGAGAAUAAGCACAUAUAGAUAAAAGUGACUCAGAGCACACUCAUAAUGAUAAUUUGAGACUGUUAAGAUAAAAAAUGUCGCCAGAUAAAAUAGGCCAAGGUGGUUUGUAGAUAGAAAAGCUAAAUAAGCAGGUCCCACCAGAUAGUUCACAAAGCUCAAGAUCAUUUCGAGAGGAAUCACUGGCUAAUAAAAUAGAAUAAAGGAAUAUUUAUCACUUUAAGGAUGAACUUGGCUAUUGUGCCCUGAAGUUAUUUUAAACACCUCAUGCUUUUGGUGCUCGACCAACAAAUCAAGCUUUUGUUAAUGCCCUAAACAGUAUUGAUCCAAGUUAAUUUUUAAACUUACCUUACAACUCUGGAAUUUAGAGAAUUGAAAACUAUGAUUUCAAAACACCAUAAAGAACUGAUAGAAAUUAAAAUUUAUUUGGAACUUUGUAGCCAAAUAUGAGAAAAUCUCUUCAAAAUGUUUACGAGUUUAGCAAUUUGAAUUUAGAAGGAUCUUUGAAUCUAAGUCAACAUUUAGAUUAUGGGAAGAUUGGUUUAAGGCAAAGAGGACUUUCUUAUAAUAAUAAUCCCAUCCCAGAUCAUAUUAAUUAUGGAUUUUAACAUUGA